AUGAAUGGCCUUCUCAAACACUGGGCUCCUUCAGCUAAGAAAGUCUGCUGCACGAGAGCUCCCAACAGUCUACGUCGUGUGCACGAUGGACUUGCUGCCAUGAACCCAAAGGAGAAACUGGAGAAGUUCACGCUCCUCGAAAGACAAAUUCUGCGACCAGACAGAGCAGAGACAUGCCAGACUGGAACCGAUGACGAAGUUGCGCGCCACAAGUCGCCCUACGACCCUACGCAAACAACAGUGGACAAGGAGGUCACGGCUCUGAGGGAGGAAUAUAGACUGGAGGGGGACUUGCAUGAUCCACUCCUUGUGAGCCCCGCGAAUCAACAAUCCAGUCAUAUAUUUCUUUCGGAUGAAGAACGUGCUGUUUAUGGAGUGCCGCCAUUGGGUAGCGUGAAAGGUUGGACCAGCAAACGCAAGAAGGUCCUUCUUCGAACAGAACCAUAUGCCUUUAGGGCAUAUGAAAUCGUGUUCCCUGUAUACAUGACGGACAGAAAGGUUGUGAUGUCUUCAAACCUUGUGCGAUUUUCAUUUUGUGAUACGAGCUAA